AUGGUGAAGCCACAACCUCAGAGCCCUACACCCCCAGACACCCAGGGUCCAUUGACACAAGCUAUGCUCCUGCAACCACUGAGCCCUGCACCCCCAGGCGCCAAGGGUCCAUUCUCGGUUGGUAAACAGUUCAAUAUCAAUUGAUUGUCAUAUUCACGUGUUUAGCCCUAAUCACAUGAUUUAUCUGUGGGCAAUCUCAUCCACAGAGGGCUUUGUCAUGGCAGUGUUAUGUUCCUAAACAUUAUUCAAGGAGACAUUGUGGAUCUAGCAAUGUAUAAAUACAACUGUCACACUGAUUCUGUAGUGGCUAAAUUGUCCAAUAUAAUUGUCCCAAUAAAAUGUCCAUUCUAAUCCUUUAGCCACGAUGGAGAGUGGUGAAAUGUUAGUCCUGACGCAUACAAAUCCAAUGCCCAGAGUUUGAUUCAAGAUGAAAAAUAAUGAUACAUUUAUUUGUCGUUCUUCUAGAUACAAAAAUUUUAAGAAUUCUACCAAAACGAAUUCUGAUCAUUAAAACCAAAGAAACAAACAACAUGGUAAACAUGAUCUGGUACGGUCAAAAGACUGUGUGCUGCCAUUCCAGUAACUCCCAGUAGGCCUUGGAGCAUGUUUGCCUUUUAACUGUUCUCCAUUGCCCUGUAGAGGGGGUACACACACUUGACAGGGGAUUAAUGGCAAACACACAUACAACAGAAAUGCAUUAUGAAUUGGAAACAUAUAAAUAUACAAUAUGACCUAUUUAGCUCCUACACACCGGCCCCAAUUGUAUUUGGUGUGAAAUCAAAAACAACUAUUUACUUAACUUGAAGGAGCCUUGUUCUUCGACUGCACCUUCUUGCAUUUGGCAGAUUUUUAUUUAUUUAUUUUUUAUUUCACCUUUAUUUAACCAGCUAAGCCAGUUGAGAACAAGUUCUCAUUUACAACUGCGACCUGGCCAAGAUAAAGCAAAGCAGUGCGAUAAAAACAACAACAACACAGAGUUACAUAUGGAAUAAACAAAACAUACAGUCAAUAACACAAUAGAAAAUCUAUAUACAGUGUGUGCAAAUGUAGUAAGUUAUGGAGGUAAAGCAAUAAAUAGGCCAAGGUGCAAAAUAAUUACAAUUUCAUAUUAACACUGGAGUGAUAGAUGUGCAGAAGAUGAUGUGCAAAUAUAGAUACUGAGACCUUGGAUAUUGGUCUUUCUAUAAUGUUGGUUAUUGUCUUCAGGUGUACUGUACAUACUAACCCCUUGGAAUCUGGCUUGGUCUCAAGAACCUUUCCAAGUAGCCAUUCAUUAAUCAUGUUCUGACCCAAUACCUUUAUUAUUGGCAUCAUUGGUGUAUCUGGUUGGCCACACACUGGCCUUUGCUGGUUAAAAUGUAAUACAUGAUGAGACAAUACAUGGUUGGAGAACAACACUGGCAGUGUCUGGAACUUAUCAUUCCUGUACUGUACAUGUCUUGACUUCUGCCUUUAUAUUUUCAGACGGAAGAGAAAACACACUGCGAGCACAACCAGCGAAUACCUGAAUUUCAUGAGGGACACAGAGGGCUUAUACCUGGAGACACUUGGUGCUCAGCGUCAGCAGCAGGAUCACCACUUCAAUCAGCUGUGA